AUGACGUCACAAAUUCGCAGUCAUAGAGUAAAAAAACACAUUAAUAUUAAGCUUUUCUGUGAUUCGUCUUCGUAUCUCCAAGAUUAUCAGGAUUUCAUAGAGAGCAAACAUUCUGGACAGUACAUGACGGUGCCGAGUUCGCCGAAGCAAAGAUUUUAUUCACAGUCGACGAAUUCCACUCCAUAUUCGUUUACCUUUCCAUUACCCGAACAACAAUUUCAGGCUCAACUUUUACAAAGGCUUCAAAACAUGAACGGAUAUCAAAAUAUUCCGUAUUCGAUAUUGACGCCGAACGUUUAUCAACCUAUGUCGACGGGACUUUAUUCAUUUUCCAACACUUUUCCACAAGUGAAACAACCUUACAACAAAGGAACUGCGACGAAUACGACGACGAGUACGACGACCGCGGCGACGACGACCGCGACGACGCCUACGGCAACGGAUUUAAUUCUAGAUUCGAACGUCGUCAACGAUGGGGAAAAAAAUACGACGUCGUCCGCGGAAGAACCUCAAACGCCCAUGAUGUUGGAUCCGCCUCCGAUGGAUAAAAAACCGAUUUAUUCGAAACAGAAAUCGAAAGAAAAAUCAUCGACGGGAGAUAAUGGAAACCGUCGGAAAAGUCGCGUCGAAUCUCCACCAUCCGUAAUCAUUCCAACAACGGAUAAAUCGACGACGGGAAGGUUCGGAGGAACGUCGAGUCCGCCCCCACUCAAAAGUCCCAUACAAUCCCCAAAAUCUUAUCAGAACGCUUUCACGUCCGCUUUAUCGUCUUUCAUAACUCUGAGAGGUUCCGACAGUGCGAAAAAGCCGAAAAACGAAAGGCCGAACAUAACGAGAUCGACAAGCGAAAAAGUAUCAAGUAGGAGCGAACUCAUGGAUUUGGUACAGAGAACGACUUGGGCGAGACAAACAAAAUAA